CGCUUUAGGCUCAGGUUGCUGUGGCGGAAGGAAGAAACAGUUAAACGCCGCGAUAAUCAACACACAUUCUGCUUCAUAUGUUAUCAGUUAAUUAUUAUUAAUCUCUGCCUUAUGGUGAAAUUAAGAGCUAGAUGUGUUGUCGUGGGAGACGCGGCGGUGGGGAAGAGCUCGCUGUGUCAGAUGUUCCGCAGUGACGGCGCUGUCUUUCAGAAGAACUACACCAUGAAUGUUGGUGUGGAGCUGCUGGAGAAAUCAGUGUCCAUCCCAGACACCAGUGAUGCUGUGGAGUUUUAUAUCUAUGAUUCAGCCGGACGGGAGCCGUUUGCAGACGCCUGUGUGAACAUGUGGAGUCAGCCGUCGCUCAUGUGUGUGGUGUUUGACAUCACCAGCGAAGCCUCGUUCACCAGCUGCAGCCGCUGGAUCGACAGAGUCAGAACACACUGCAACGGGCUGCAGGUGCCAGGUGUGCUGGUGGGGAAUAAGAGUGACCUGUGGUCCAGGAGGGAGGUGGACGCCGCUGCCGCUCAGGCUUGGGCUCAGAGUCAUGGGCUGGAGUAUCACGAGACGUCUGCUAAGGAGAUCGGUCAGUGUGAAGCUCCGUUCCUGAGUCUGGCUCGAGCGUUUCUCUCGCUCUAUCAGGAUCAGACUCAGAUCAUCCAGAGCCUCGUUUAACCUCAUCCACAGUCAGUCAUAUGCGUUUUGUACAUUUCAGUGUCCUGUUGUGUAUUUUUUCUGUGGUCUGAGCUCAAUAAAACUCAUUCCUUUCUAAAUCUGACAAGUGUUACAGUUAAUGAAU